AUGAGCAACUUCUCUUUUCCCGAGUUUGACGACCUUCCAGUGGUAAAAGAUCAGCCAAAAGGAUGUCUCUGGGGCUUUUUCGACGUUGAUGGUCAGAAAGACCAACUGGGAACCCUGAGACUCCUCACCAAGGAAGUUGUACAGAAGGCGAAAGACGAGAUCCAAACCGGGACGCACGUGCAGCUCGACUGGCCCCUACACAACAUCCAGUUUCCGGGCUUCGGACGGAUCCCCCUACAACAUACCGUCAAGGACCUUGCAGAGGAAGGUUUUGUCGCCUUUGACGAUGUUAUAUCCUUCAACACGCAGACAAGCUCUCAGUGGGACAGUUUGAAGCAUUUUGGGAGCCAGAAGACAGCAGUCUACUACAAUGGCUGGACACAUGAUCAGCUCAAGUCCUCAAAUGAUCUUGGCAUUCACAAGAUAUGUGAUAGAGGUGGCAUCGUCGGUAGAGGGGUCCUUGUAGACUGGCUGAGCUGGUGGGAGCACGAGAAUCCGGGCAUUGAACCACCGUCAGCCAUCAGCUGUCACAAAAUCCCAGUUUCGGAGCUCGAAGCUACGCUCGCCUACCAGGGGACAGAGACAAGACAGGGCGAUAUCCUCAUCGUGAGGAGCGGUUUCGUGAGAUGGCACAAGUAUGUAUUCACGGCCCCCUCUCAGUUGGACAACAAGUCUGACAUACCUUCUUCCUCCAAAAGCAACGCCAAGGCCGAUAUUCGAGCUUUAGGCACUGAGAAGCAGCAUUAUAUGAUUGGACUGGAAAAUAAUGACGAGACAGUCAGAUGGUUGUACUCGAAACACUUUGCGGCAGUGGCUGGAGAUACCAUGGGCUUCGAGGCAUGGCCUUACCCAGAAGACUGCUGCUUACACGAAUGGUUACUUGUACAGUGGGGGACACCGAUCGGCGAGCUUUGGGAUCUGGAGGCACUGGCAGAAGAGUGCAAGGCCCAUAAAAGGUGGUCCUUCUUCUUAGCAAGCGCUCCAUUGAGGGUGGUUAGUGGAUGUGCCUCGCCUCCCAAUGCCAUCGCUAUCCUGUAG